AUGUGGCCCGGGAAAAACACCCACCUCACCUACGGGGUGGACGGCUCGUGCACGUACGACCGAGCGACGGACUCGUUUGAUUUUCCGCGGCUGCGCGAGCCUAAAAGAAACCAGCUGCGGCCCGUCAAAGACUCGUUUCACUGUCUGGUGCCUGCACAGCUCAAACAGAAGUCACCAGACAUCGGCGCAGGCAGCGUCAAGCUCGCGUCCGAAAUCGUCGAGCAGUCCACAGACACCUAUUUUGUGCCGAAGGAGGUGCUCAAAAAGGGCCACCAGGAGUCUCUGGCUGCGCUCGACCGCAAGAUCUACGACCCAACGUACGGAGACCUGCUCGCGGUGCUCCGCUACACCGUGCCCAGGGCGAGCACCGACCUGCUGAUCAGCGCGACUGGGCCGUACGGGGAUAUCGUCGCGGUCAGCAUCCUGGACUCGGGCCGGCUUCCAUCGCUGUCGUCGACCAAGGCCGUCCGGUUCAGCUCCCGCAUCAGGCAGAUAUUCACGAUUCCCGAGACGCAUUACUUUGGCGUGCGCACGAGCGUGAGCGUGUGCAUAUUUGAGGCGCGUGUGGAAAGCAAAUUCAGCGUCGGGGUGGCCCGACUCGUUGAGAUUCCGCAAAAAAGCCUGGCCGGCCAGGCUUUUGCGCACGCGUGCGUGUGUCCGCGCAUGGAGGCCUAUCUUGCGCUGGUGGAUGUGAAGGGCAAUUUCGGGCUGUUCAAGCUGGUGAGACGGGACUUGGACCGCAACUUCAACGACUACAAACGGCUCUAUCUCUCCUCGAUCCACGAUCCGGCAGAACUGUCCAACUUCAAGAAGUUGCAGUUCGCGCACCGGAACGACGAGCUUCUCGUGAUGUCGCGUUCGUCGCUGCAUGUGUGGUCGCCCGGGACGCAGAACUGCAAGGUGGUUGCAAACUACUGGACCAGACUGCUCGACCUGGCUGUUCCUGCCGGCCAGCACGACUACUGCAUUCUGCUGACCACGAGAGAGGUUUCUGUCGUCGACAUGUCCGGCUUCGAGCUUGUGCUGGGCUGGUCGCACCAUCUGGACCAGCAGGAUCUGUCUCUCAAGCUUUCUGUGCAGAGCUACGACGGCAGGUUCGAGUGCCACAUAAUUUCGCAGGCCACUCCGCUGGUUUGCGUAGUGACGUUUGGGUUUGAGCGCCAGAGGGCGCGCGUCGUGGGCGACCCCUACUUCUACGUGCCGCACCCGUCCGAGCCGCUGCAGUCGAUCGUCUUCGUGGACUACGGCGCCGCGCCCGUGUAUCUGCAGCUCACCAAAGAUCUCGAGAUCUCGCGAGCGCACAUGGAGCGCGCCGACCGGCCGGUAGAGGUGCCGGAGCGGACGCCGCCGAGCCAGCCUCCAGCGAUAGCCGCCGUGGGCCGGAAUCCAGAGCCAGCGAAGCAGAACGACGCCGAGGAGAGCGUUGCGCAGCUCGUCGCCCGGUUCGCCCAGAGCGACGACGCGUAUCUGUCGCUUGCGUCGAUCGUCCCGACGUCGGGCGCUGUCCCGAGCAACCUCGAGUCGCUCGUCGCGCAGAACGGGUGGGCCGUCUACUGCGCGUCCGAGCGGGUGUUUUCCGACGUGGGCCAGAUCGACAGGCUGCACACGGUGCCGGAAACCCUUUUCCGCCUGCUGAGACCGUUCGAGAACAGAGGAACGCGGUUGCGGGACAUCCUGCAGAGCAAAAGAGACACGUGCCUGGACCGCAUCAGCACGAACCUCGGGCUCAGCCUCCUCACGGUGCACAAGCAGGACCAGGGCGACCACGGGAUCGAGGCGAUCCGGUCGCAGCUGCCGGUCGAGCUGGCCGCGCUGCUCGACCAGUGGCGGCCGCACGAGCCACAGGACACGAGCCGCUUCAGCCACGCCGAGCCUCUGAGCCAGGUACCGGCGAUCAGCACGUCGCAGAGCAGCAAGAAAAAGCUGAAAGCGCGGCCGGCGAAGUUGGCCGGGCUCUCGCAGCGGCUCUCUCAGUCGCGUUCCCCAGGGAGCUCCCAGAUCAACGCGUCGUCCCCUGCUAGCUCCCAGAUCGCGUCUCCGCCAAGCUCGCAGCCAGAGGCGCCAGUGUCGUCGCAGCUGCGCUCGUCGCUUCUGACGCAAGGCACCUCGUCGCAGAAAAAGCGCAAGAAGCGCAAACUGGGCGGGUUUAUGUAA